AUGGCACGGCUUCGAUUCAAAGGAACGCCAAAGGGCUAUCAGGCACUAGGAUUUCACCGCUCUCCCGAAGAUCCUGUUUUACGGCCGGAUGCUCGGCAUGUGGAACUUGCGACAUUACAAGCCGAAUACCACGGGGCCUCUGUCAUAGUGCGAAUUGUGUUCAUGGAGGAUGAAUACGUUCAGAAAAUGAGGCUCAGAGAAUAA